UGUAAAAUGGCAGAGGCCAAUGUUUCAGUGGAUCAGUUCAGCUGUCCAGUUUGUCUGGAGCUCCUGAAGGAUCCAGUGACCGUUGCGUGUGGACACAGUUUCUGUAAGGUGUGCAUUAAUGGCUGCUGGGAUCAGGAGGUUCUGAAGGGGGUUUAUAGCUGCCCUCAGUGCAGACGCUCCUUCGCUCAGAGGCCUGUUGUGGGUAAAAACACCAUGCUGGCUGAAGUGGUGGAGAAACUGAAGAUGAUGGAGCUCCACCCUGCUUCUCCUGCUGGACCUGGAGAUGUGGAGUGUGACGUCUGCACUGGGAGAAAACUCAAAGCCCUCAAAUCCUGCCUGGUGUGUCUGGCCUCUUACUGUGAAACUCACCUCCAGCCUCAUUAUCAGUCUCCUGCCCUUAGGAAGCACAAGCUGGUCAAAACCUCCAGACGCCUCCAGGAGCAGAUCUGCUCUGAGCAUCAGAAACUGCUGGAGGUUUACUGUCGCACUGACCAGCAGUGUAUCUGCAUGCUGUGCACCAUGGAUGACCACAGAGGGCAUGAUACAGUAUCAGCUGCAGCAGAACGAGCUGAGAAACAGAAUCAGUUGGAAGAGAAUCAAAGGAAAUACCAGCAGAAAAUCCAGACGAGAAAGAAGGAGCUUGAGGAACAAAGGAAUGCUGUAGCAUCUUACAAGAGCUCUGCUCAGGCAGCACUGGAGGACACCGAGAGGAUGUUUACUGAGCUGAUCUGCUGCAUUGAGAGAAAACGCUCUGAGAUAUCAGAGCUGAUCAGAGCUCAGGAAAAGGCUGCAGUCAGAGAAGCUGAAGGAGUCCUGGAGAGACUGGAGCAGGAGAUUGCUGAGCUGAGGAGGAGAAAUACUGAGCUGGAGCAGCUUUUACUCACUGAGGACCAUCUCCAUUUCCUCCAGAGUUUCAUGUCUCUCUCGGCUCCUCCUGGACCUGCAGACUUUCCCUCCAUCACUGCCCGUCCUGUCCACUCUUUUGAGGAGGUAGUGAAAUCUGUACCUCAGCUGAGGGACAAAGUGGGAAAGCUCUGUGAAGAGGAGAUCAGAAAAACAUCACUUAAUGUGAAAGAAAUCCGGAUGAUUGAACCCCAAAGCCGAGAGAAUUUUCUAAAAUAUUCCUGUGAGCUCACGCUGGAUCCAAACACAGCAAAUAAACGCCUUCAUCUGUCUGAGGGGAACAGGGUGGUGACCCGCAGUAACACAGUCCAGCUGUAUCCUGACCAUCCAGACAGAUUUGAUGUUUGUUCUCAGGUUCUGUGUAGAGAGAGUGUGAGUGGACGCUGUUACUGGGAGGUUGAGUGGAGUGGGAGUGGGGGUGAGGGGGUUAAUAUAGCAGUGUCAUAUAAAAACAUCAGCAGAAAGGGAGGUUCUGAAUGUGGCUUUGGAUAUAAUGACCAGUCCUGGAGUUUAGUCUGUUCUCCCUCCAGUUACUCAUUCAGACGCAACUUCAAAGAGACUGUAAUCCAUAUCGAGCCCAGAUCCUGUAGAAUAGGAGUGUAUGUGGACUACAGUGCAGGAACUCUGUCCUUCUACAGCGUCUCUGAUACAAUGACCCUCCUCCAUAGAGUCCACACCACAUUCACUCGCAGCAUCUACCCUGGGUUUACAGUUUAUCCAGGAUCAACACUUAAAUUGUGUUGCCCAAGUCGCUAG